AUGGGUCAAGGGACUUUUACAAGUUCUUCCCCUGUGGUCAGUAAAGACGAAGAGACUGUCGCCUUACAGAGCAUCAUGCGCGUCUUUGUUCCUCUAGUCUCCCUCACUUCUCUGGUACUGUCAGCCGUUGCCAGUCCUCUCAACGGCGAAAACUUUAUUGCGAGGCGCGAUAUUAGCCAAGACCUGUUCAAUGAUCUUGCGUUUUACUUCCAAUAUGCCGCCUCAGCGUACGCAGAUUCCUGCCCUAAACCCAACGGCAACUCGUUGGUCCUGCAGUUCAGCCAAAAAGUAACCGACACACAAGGGUUCGUUGCCCGAGACGACAAUAGGAAAGAAAUUGUUGUUUCUCUUCGGGGAAGUGAAUCGUUUACCGACGCUUUAACGGACAUUAAUAUUUUAUUGUCACCAUUUUUGUCGCCUGGUGUGGAUGCUCCGUUGGGUUCCCUUGCUCACAGUGGUUUCUUGAUAGCAUGGAACUCUGUGGCGCACCUAGUUAUCUCGACAGUCCAAGCUGAGCUUUCUGCCCAUCCAGGGUACUCCCUCGUUUCUACCGGCCAUUCUCUCGGAGGAGCGUUAUCCAGUUUAGCCGGGAUAUCCCUACAACAAAACUUCCCUAACAGGCGAGGCUCCUUCCUUUCCAAUGUAAGGAUGUUCACGUAUGGCCAACCCCGAACUUUUAACCCCAUCGGGGCUGCCUUCAUUAAUUCGCAGUUCGGAGACCAGGCAUUCCGAUCUGUUCAUACUACCGAUGGAGUUCCGACCUUGAUUCCCCGGAUCCUCGGCUACCGACACCAUGGUAUCGAAUACUUCCAGUCUCCUGACCCUGCAUCUCCAGCGACGACAAAGAAAUGUGCGGCAGACGGCGAAGACCCCACCUGCUCGGACUCUAUCCCCUCGCAAGGGCUCGAUGACGCUCAUGGCACCGGUAGUGUAAGGGUUGGUACUGGAAUUUGUUGGGAAAUGUGUACCGCAUUAACGACCGAUAAUCCAAAACUCCAGCUCAAGGAUGUUGAUGAUCUACUUAAAUAA